UGCUCUGCAUUACUCAGCUUCAUUUGGCUUUUUCAGACCUGUUUUGAGACUUUGACAGGAAACUUUUAUUCUUUUUUUAUCAUUUAUUUUCUCACGAACCACUUAUUCCAUCUUUCCUUUGUGUCCAUUUCUCUCGUUGACGCGGGUUUUGGAUUUGAUUCUGCAAAUGCUGUUUUUCCUGCUGCAUGAGGAUUCUGAAAAAUCCGAGUUUUUGUUUUUUAGAGAUUGAGAGAAAGCAUCUCUCUUGUGGCUUUUUGACCGGGAUGCGGACAAGAUUGUAAACUGAGCUCAAAAUAAAAGAGAAGUGGAAGCAUCGCCUGCAUCCUUUCUUUUGUCUUCAUUGCAUCUCUGUUUGUUAAAUGCUUUAACCAUCUCUGGGAUGUAAGAAGACGCUCAAGCAUUUUCUUUUUAUCUACAAAGGAAUUAACUUCUUUUUUUUUCACCGAGGAAAAACUAUGGCGAGACUUUUGUUGAACAUGCAUCUUGUUCUGGUUUUAUUCGGAUUAUUUCUGCUCCCUUCUCCAUCUGCAAGAGCCGAGCCGGAGCAGCAGGACGAAGAGGAGGAGGAGAGUUCCUGUCAGGGAGCUUUUGACCUGUAUUUUGUGCUUGAUAAGUCUGGGAGUGUGAAGAACCACUGGGAUGAAAUCUACUACUUUGUGGAGAAUUUAGCCGAGAAAUUCAAAAGUCCCAUGCUGAGGAUGUCCUUCAUAACGUUCUCCUCCAGAGCGUCCACCAUCAUGAAGCUGACGGAAAGCAGAGUCGACAUCAAGAAGGGUCUGAACGCUCUGAAAAGAGAGAUCCCUGGUGGAGACACAUUCAUGCACCUUGGCUUGCAGAGGGCAAACGAGCAGAUACACCAGGAGAACUUUGGCACGGCCAGCGUGAUCAUAGCGCUGACCGACGGAGAGCUGCAGGAACAUCAGCUCAUCACCGCGCAGCAAGAGGCAGAAAGAGCCAGGUCUCUUGGAGCGAUUGUUUACUGUGUUGGAGUGAAAGACUUCAAUGAGACGCAGCUGGCCACCAUCGCAGACACCAUUGAGCAUGUGUUUCCUGUGAUGGGGGGCUUCCACGCCCUCCGGGGAGUCAUCGAUUCGAUCAUCAAGAAAUCCUGCAUUGAGAUUUUGGCAGCUGAGCCCUCCAGUGUGUGUGCAGGAGAAUCUUUCCAAGUGGUGGUGCGAGGAAACGGGUUUCUUCACGCCAGGAACAUCAACCAGGUGCUCUGCAGCUUCAAGAUCAACGACACCAUCACAGUCAAUGAGAAGCCGGCCGAUGUCAAAGACACGUUCUUACUGUGUCCAGCUCCCGUCAUUGAUGAAGUGGGGAAGGUGAUUUAUCUCCAAGUGAGCAUGAAUGACGGUCUGUCCUUCAUCAGCAGCAACGUGCACGUCACCACCACAGAGUGUUUCGAUGGCACCAUUCUCCUGAUCACCCUGCUGGUGUUGUUCCUGCUGCUGGCUCUGCUCUUCAUGUGGUGGUUCUGGCCUCUCUGCUGCACUCUGGUGAUCAAAGAACCACCUCCUCCACCUCCUCCUGAGCCUGAGAGUUCAGAUGAUGAAGACGGCAUGCCCAAGAAGAAGUGGCCCACUGUGGAUGCCUCGUAUUACGGAGGAAGAGGAAUCGGAGGGAUCAAGAGGAUGGAGGUGCGUUGGGGAGGAAAGGGUUCGACCGAGGAGGGGGCUAAACUGGAGAAGCCCAAGAACGCUGUGGUGAAAAUGCCGGAGCAGGAGUACGAGCCCUUCGAGCCCAAACCUAAGAAAGCGCACAACAAGAAGGCGCCUCAGAACCGGAAGUGGUACACGCCCAUCCGGGGUAAACUGGAUGCUAUCUUGGCUCUGUUUCGCCGCGGGUACGACCAAGUCUCCCUGAUGAGACCCCAGCCCGGGGAUCAUGGUCGAUGCAUCAACUUCACGAGAGUGAAAGAAGAGUCAGCAGCAGCCAAGGCCGCACCUCGCACCCCGAUCCACACACCCUCGCCCCCGCCGCCGGACUACCGCCCGGGUGACAACGCCCCCUUCUCCCACCGCCGACAGCCCUCCUGCCAGAUCACCCCCGUCCCCCACCGCCGCCAGCCCUCCUGCCAGAUCACCCCCGUCAGGCCAGGUGCCCCCAGGACCGCCACCAUCUCGCACACCCCCAGGGCUUCCCUGUGCACCUCCAUCGCGCCCCCCGCCUACUCUUCGACCCUGAAUCACACAGACAAACCCUUUCCACCCACCCCCAACGCACCCGCUUUGACAUCACAGACUUACCGCUCUGUUGGCCAGUUCCUUCAGUUUGAAGGUUCUGGUCGUCGCUGCCAAAGAUACUCCUGCUAUAAGCCAAAUAUCAGCAGUAUUUUCAAUCCCAGUCUUCUGUGUUCCUCUUCCUGUUUGGGAGAGAUAGUCAAGUCAAACUGUAAGUUGGCAGUUUAAGUCACCUACCCACCACCCAGCAUGAUUGUCAUUGUUUACGUACAAAAUUACGAUCGGACCUCCCCCAAAAUUGAAAAACAAAAAGCAGUUUGACUUGACGUUGUGUCCCACAAAGAGGGUGAAUCGGGGGAUUCGGGAAAAUAUUUUACUUAAUGUUGGCAUUUGUGAGAUCACGGAGGAUUGUUGCUGGACAGCAAAGCAUGUAGGGACAGGAAGUCCAAAGAAGAAAACUGCAAUGGAGGAAAUGUUUUGUUGUCUUUAUCAACUACUGAGGCCAUUGUUGGGUAACCAGGUUCAACCUUGAGACGGAUAGAUUGGCUCAUUUCUCCAUUGCUGUGACGGUGAAUGGUUUUGGGAAUUAAGAUUUCACAGAAAUGUCAAGAGGUCAUGUUGUUAUAACUAAGAUAAAAACGUAUCUGAUUUUUUUUAUGACAUUUUCGACAUUGUUAAUUGUUCUCGGUGCCAAAGUGAUUUUGUUUCUUCACCAUUUUGUGAUGUUUUCUUUUAUCCAACAACAUGCUAACAAACUCCCACCCUUUGAUACAGAAAUGAUACGAUGACUUUGUGGUUUUGAACCAUUCAGUCACCAGAAGUGUACAGAUGUGAUAUGGAAGGUAUGUUUUUACAGUAUGUGUUUGAGAUGCGCUUUUGAAUGUUAUGUUGGUUGAUAUCUUUGAGGCUUCGGAUGUUGUCCUUAACCACCUUUAUUGAAUUUAGAAUACAACAAUAUAUAUUUUUGUUGGUAUCUGCGCACAUAGACUACUGGACAACUACAGUAUGUAUUCAUUUUUGUUAGCAUUUGAACAUUGAAAUCAAACAACCAGAAAUCAGGUUAACGUCUCUCACCACAUUUUCUUCUACAUAACGCUGAUACUGUACUUUGAUACCAAUAUGUGUGUUUUAUGUCUUCAGUUCUAUCAUCACCGGUCACAUUGCAACUGCAGGGCAGUUCAAAGAGCAUCUAAUUUAUUUUACUCCCUGAAAGAAAUAAAGGAGAGUACUUGAAUAUCGACAAGGUGUCCAACCACCAGGACGGACACUGUGCGCAGAAUUUAAAACGAAACAGCUAGCCAGUUCAAAGUCAUGUAAGGCUUGCCAGCGUUUCACAACCCCUCAGCUACACUGAGCAACAUUGAAUGUGAUCUCCUCACUGUGUGAAUCUUGGUGUGCGUUACGCGCUCCAUAGCUCAUUGCUAGCAGGUGAAAAGGCGGUGCUAUCGACGUGCACAUGCUAGCAGUGGCUACAUGCUAAAUUGGGGGGGGAAAUGGCCCCCAAACAAUUAACAAUAUUUUGACUUCAGGGUGUAGAAAAGAGGUUGAAAAAUGCUGGUAUUCCUUCUGUAUCCAGUGCAUUCUGGAACUUUCUUCUUGUUUGAUUUUUUUUAUACUUUCAUUUUGAUGUACGUCAUUCAGUUAUGUCGUGCACCGUUGUGUUACUACAUGCAUUCAUUAUCGCUCUCUGUGCCUUAAAGCUGAGCUCAAAAAAGCUGCACCAAAACCAACAUUUUGAAAACGGCUUUUUAAUUUGAUUUAUAAAUCCCAGUAUAGCUCAGUUUAGUUAGAAGUUGCUACAUGUCGUGAGGCCGUUUCGAUGUUAUCAGCCCAUUUAAUGGCCGUCGUUAUCAGCUACCAAUAUAAUGCUUCAGACGGGUUGCAGUUUUAAACACGUGGUUUAUUGAGGAAACUUAAGUAGUGCACGUAAGUUAACUAAAGUGUUGACGUACAGAUGAUAACGACCAUUUAAUCAGCUGAUAACAUUCAAAGUGGGUCAAGUUCUGCUAGAAGUUUGACUACAUUUCCCAUGACCCUUAGAGCUUCCAAACAAAAAAGACACCUUUGAUUUGAAAGCGUAAAGUUUUCUUACUUUGGACUCAGCAGUGUGCAUUUCCUUGUUUUACCUCUGCUCUGAUCAGAACAUACAGAUAUGUCUGGUAGAUAUUCAGCUUAUUACUUCACACGAUUGCUGAAUCAAGGUUUCAAAGAAUUACAGUUUAAGAGACUUAAGAGGCUUUGUGUUUUACAAUGUGCUAAUUCGGUUCACCUCUGUAACACCCAAGAAAGAAUGUCAGUAUAAAUGCAGCAUUGAUGCAGGAUCAGUGGCUCAAUGUCAUUCCUAAUCAAGAUGAGAUACAUUAUGUUAAUCAGUGUUUUUUACGUAUAAACAGCAGUGCUGAAGCAAAUAUGAAAGACGUAUAUGAUUUUCUCUUGUUGGUUGACAUGACUUUUUUUUAACAGUAUCAAUAAAGGUUGACUUCCAAGCUUCUA